CUUCCACAACAAAGCAGUUUGUCUUUCACAAGACAGUGAACAACUUUAAAAAUGUUUCUAUUGACUGUAUUGGCAUGCGUUACUCUUUCCCAGGCUAGUCAACUCCUUUACAAUGCUUACCCUUAUGCUCGGCCUUACCAAGCUGGAUACUACGUCAGGGAGCCUCAUCGCCAUGAGCAUGUUGAAGUAGCUCGAGAUCACGGAGGUGCAGUUGCAGGUCGAUACGGUUACCUCGACGCCAGUGGAAUUGGACGACAAGUCCAUUACGUCGCUGACCACGCCGGACUUAGGGCUAAUGUACACACCAAUGAACCAGCAAUCGUCCGCAACGCACCACUCGCCGCUGGUGUUGUCUCUGACGGUCUUCUCGCCAGUGGUGUAGCUGCUACAGUUCCUUCCUAUAAUCCAGUCCUCGGUUACGAUUAUGGAUUGAAUCCAUAUGGUUUGGCAUACAACAGAUUGGGUCUUGGAUAUGGCUAUGGAAGUGCUUUGGGAUACACUGGUCUUUUGGGCAGUUACCCAAGUCUCUAUGCUUAAGUUCUUUAAUUCAUAAUAUGUAUGAAUAUGCAUUCCUCAAUUGGAAAUUUGAUGACUGAUUAUUUGAAUUUCUGAAUCUCAUUUUUGUUUAUCUUUGGAUUCUCAUAAUUUUUUUCUCUUAUAUAUAUAUAAACUUUCUUGACAAUCUUAAAACAAUAAACACUUUAUUUUCUUUUAA